AUGCCCGAACUCUCGCGAUGUGCUCAAAUCCCUUUAAUAAUAUUCUUAAGCCUCGUCAGCAUCGCUGCCAUCCUGGGCAACGGUUUGGUCCUUUUGGCCUGGGCCUUUCACGCCCCUGUCCGAAAACCGCAGAACAGCUACCUCCUCUCGCUCGCCGUUGUCGACCUGCUCGUCGGCCUCAUCCUGGCGCCCAGCAUGAUUGGGGAAAUAGGGUCCCAAACGUGGCCCUGGGGGAGGGAAUGGUGCCAGCUUUAUCUCCUCGUCGACUGGCUGCUCACCACGUCGUCAGUCCUCCACCUCGUCGCAGUAAGUAUGGAUCGCUACCACGUGGUUUUUGACACCCUCACGUACGGGGUGAGACGCACGUUUCCCUUUUUCAUGAGGAGGAUCUGUCUCCUUUGGAUCUUGACGGUGUGGCUGAUUGCGCCAGAAAUGCGGGACUGGGAGGCAAUGGGGGAUCGGAGUGUGGACAGGGGGAUGUGUUUGUCAAGCGUGUCGAGAGAGUUAAGUGUUCACUUUGCGUUUGGAAGUUUUGUUCUCCCGGUGGCGUUACUGGUGGGAUUAGGGUGUCUGGGGCGAUGGGAGAAUUUGAACGGAAUCCACAACAUCUUUAUGUGA